AUGGUUGGAAGCAAGCGCACUAGGAGCAAGACCGUCGAUAUGGUCCCUGUGAUUGGAACCACCUUACAACCUGCCGAACUCGCAGCUGAGACUAUCGCACCGGCCUCUACCGUCGUCAUGCCAUCUCAAGGCCCUGUGGCUGGAUCUAGCCACCUUCAUAGCACUGCCGCCGAGCAUGGUGGAACCUCCCAUCAGGGUGGGCUCACUACCAUUGCCGACUUAGGCCCGAUCUUAGAGCAACUUCAAGCAUUCCCUCCAUUGCCUCCACGCUCGAUGCACGCUCCUGUGUACACCUCUAAUGAAACCCUAGCCCUGUGCAAUUGGGCCUCACAUAGUUCUCUCCUCCCGCUCCACGAAGUCAAGUAG